ACCAGCCCACUUCAGGACGAGUCUUGAUCCAAGGUUCAGCUCUCAGCUCUACAGCCGGACAGUUGCACACAGGACACGGGGGAGAGAUAGUGGGGCAGAGGAGGAUUCGUCAUUUCCAGCACAGUUCACUGUUUCCAACUUAAACGGUCCCUCUGGUGGCCUUUGAGGAUAUAGCAAAGCUGUGAUUUGAGCAUCAAGAAGGAAAGAAGUGAAAAUUUCACAACACAAAUGAGCCUACAAAACAAGGAUUAAUCGCUACUAUGUUAAAUUCUCCUGAGAUUUGUUUUAUGUGCUUUUCUGGAACAUGGCAAUAAGAGGGACUACAGAGAUCCUUAAGAAACGUCUUUAAGGACAGCAGAAGAAUCAGGAAGAAUGGAAGCCUCAUACACUGCUAGCGCCGCCGUUCCUCAGACUCUGCCAUCCAUCACCUCGUCUCCAGGUUACCUGCUCAGGAUGUUUGGGGAGUAUCAAAGCAACGCCGUCAUCGUGGCCCAUUACAACUUCACCGGAAAGCUGAAAGAGAACAAAUACCGGGACGGACUGAAACCCGAGGCCAUUGUGUUUCUCAUCAUCUGUCUUCUCAUUGUGGUGGAAAAUGCCAUUGUUUUGGUGGCAAUAUGGAAGAACAAAAAAUUCCACAUACCCAUGUACUACCUGCUGGGCAGCUUGACGCUCUCCGACUUGCUGGCGGGCUUCACCUACAUGGUGAACAUCCUGACUUCGGGCGCAAACACUCUCAAAAUGACUCCAGUGCUGUGGUUUCUUCGAGAAGGCGGCGUGUUUAUCACACUUUCUGCAUCAGUCAUCAGUCUCCUUGCUAUAGCUAUCGAGCGGCACGUCACCAUGGUCCGGAUGAAGCCUUAUCAAGGGGCCAAACGUGGCCGAAUGUUCGGUUUGAUUGUUGCAAGUUGGGUUCUCUCGGUGCUCCUCGGCAUUCUCCCCAUCAUGGGCUGGAAUUGCAUUGGACAUCUGGACGAAUGCUCCACCGUCUUGCCUCUUUAUGCCAAGAGCUUCAUCCUCUUCUGCAUUACCGUGUUCAGCCUGGUGCUAAUGUCCAUCGUGGUGCUCUACGUGCGCAUCUUCCGCAUUGUCAAGUCCAACACCCAGCGGUUAGGCUACGGUUCUCAGCGCAAAGGUCAGGCCAGGAAGUCCCAGAAGUAUCUGGCUCUGCUGAAGACGGUCACCAUCGUUCUCGGGGUCUUCAUCGCCUGCUGGUCGCCUCUCUUUGUGCUCCUUCUGCUGGACUUCUGCUGCCCUGCUCAAAGCUGCGAGGUGCUGCUCAAGGCGGACUACUUCCUGGGUAUCGCCAUGAUCAACUCGCUCCUGAACCCCAUCAUUUACACCCUAACUAGUAAAGACAUACGGAGAGCCAUUCUGAGACUGGUCUGCAGCUACUGUCUGAUAUCAAAAGAUGGAGAGGUGAAGAAGUUUGGCAUGCCUUUCCUGGACUGUAGCACCAGUAAGGCUGAGGUGGCAACACACAGGCCGGAGGGCUUGGAAACGACCGUCUCCUCGGGGAACUUCACACCAACUCCCAUUAAAGCUAUUUACCCGAGGAUAUUGAAGAGCUGAGGAAGAACUAUGCAUUAAGUUCAAAUUGACAAUGCAAGCAGUAAUGGACAGUUUAACUUCUCCUGGUUCAGGUUGAAUAUUUAUAAAACUGCCAAUGUUUGAGGUGCUUUUUGAAUUCAGGAGAAGUUGUGUUUUGGACUUCAGAAUGGAAGACUUGGUUUCCUCUACAUGCAUUAAAGAAAACCACGAGGCUGCCAGAGAGCGUGGUAGACCAGACAAGUGGAAUUUUAGUUUUUACUGUGACGAAUACCAGUGUUUAAAACGGAUUGUCUGUGGGCCAGGCUUGCAUUACGAAGCUGCGGUGCCUUUUUAAAAUGUGGAUUGUAAACAGCCAACAAAAAGCAGUUGUACAGCUGAAUUGAGCGAAUGUGAUGCAUUGUGCAAAUAUGCAUUGAAAAGAACUCUUCUGAUGUUAUAUGAGACUCGUGUGAGAACUUUCCAAAAAAGAAUGAGCUUGUGUAACGAGUCAUUUUCACCUCAGAGCAGUUGAAAUGUUCAGAGACUUUGUGGUGAAAAGACGUAAAGAAAAUGACGGGUUGAUGCCUCCACAUACAAGCACAUCAGUCCUCGGGCAAUUUGAGAAUUACUAUGCACACAAAUAAAAAGUGACUAUUCUUAAUUUGUAAGAUGUUUUCCUCUUAUAAGGGUAUUUUUGGGAAAUACUGUUUUCAUGUUAAAGCUCCUCUUAAAACUGUAAGUAUGCUAUACUUUUCUAUGUUUGCUUAUACAGGAAAUAUAGUUUUUUUUUCUGUCUUAAGGUGGCACAAGCUAAAUAAAUAUUGUAUAUUUUAUAUAUAUAUUAACAAAAGUUUUAUCUUGUUGUAUGGAAUGGCAUCAUUUAUGUGUAGCAGUGAUAAAACAGCACUGACAUUCAAGAAAUAUCUGUGUACUGAAAACGAUGCAUUCAUGUGUUUAAAUGUAUUUUGUUGAUCCUAAAUUAUGAGCCUCCAAAAACAAAUAUUUUAUAAGUGCAUUAAUUAAAAGGGUUUUCUU